AACCGUGAAGAGUCCUAUAAAAUUGCAUUACUUGGUUGGAGUGAAUGUGAGAUCCCUGAAUUGCAAGCCACUCUGAAAUUCAUUUCCUGCAAAUUCACUUCCAGUUCGGGACACUACUUUUUAAAAUGUCUUCAUAUUUCGGAAAUUUAUUGAUCAUUUCGGUAAUCGUAACGUUGCUAACGUUUGAAACCAAUUCUGCCACCGUCUUUGGCGUCGGUUGGGUGAAAAGGAGUGAAAAUUCGCCCCUUCUUCCAUCCACGUCUGACGCUUUGGGUUCCAAUUCUGCCGAAGUCCCCCCAGUUGCCACCGCUCCAGCCGAGGUGGAAGCAAUAAUUCCCCCACCAUCGGAUGCCGAAGGAUUGCCAAACCACCCCGGAACAGGUCACGAUGACACUUCGGAAGAAUUUUCGUCAUCCUCAUCGGAAGAUGACGACGACGAUUAUUCAUCAUCAGAAGAAGAUGACGAGCAGCGAAUCAGACAGUGGGUAAUCUAGAUCGAUUGUUUAGACAAUUUGGAAUAUUUUCGAUAUAUAAUUUACGUUUGUAUUUAUUUAUUUAUUUUGUUAUCAAUUUCGCAAUAAAUUAUUUCAUCCAAGACAUA